AGUGCCUCCCUUCACAGAUGUGUCUGUAUCAGGAUGGGUCUAAACAACAUGGUGUAAAUGCAGUUGCUGGUGAGCCUCAUUUCCUGUAGGAGGUGAACAAGAGCAGAGAUCUGUUUCCCUUCAGAGCACAGAGGUUGUUUCUGUUCAGAGGAAGUCAGACUGUCUGACAGUCACUGAGAGACGGUGAAACGGCACAGCACAUGAAUCAAAUGGACCAAACAAAAUUCUGCUGUUCAGUCUGUUUGGAUCUACUGAAGGAUCCGGUGACUAUUCCCUGUGGACACAGCUACUGCAUGAACUGUAUUAAAAGCUUCUGGGAUGAAGAGGAAAAGAAGAAAAUCUACAGCUGCCCUCAGUGCAGACAGACUUUCACAGCGAGGCCUGUCCUGGUGAAAAACACCAUGUUAGCAGAUUUAGUGGAGGAGCUGAAGAAGACUGGACUCCAAGCUGCUCCUGCUGAUCACUGCUAUGCUGGACCUGAAGAUGUGGUCUGUGAUGUCUGCACUGGAAGAAAAAUGAAAGCCUUCAAGUCCUGUUUAUUCUGUCUGGCAUCUUACUGUGAGAAACACCUUCAGACUCAUAAUAUUGUUGCAGCUUCAUUAAAGAAACACAAGCUGGUGGAGCCCUCCAAGAAGCUCCAGGAGAACAUCUGCUCUCGUCAUGAUGAGGUGAUGAAGAUGUUCUGCCGUACUGAUCAGCAGAGUAUCUGUUAUCUCUGCUCUGUGGAUGAACAUAAAGGCCACGACACAGUCUCAGCUGCAGCAGAAAGGACUGAGAGGCAGAGAGAGCUGGAGGUGAGUCGACAAAACAUCCAGCAGAGAAUCCAGGACAGAGAGAAAGAUGGGAAGCUGCUUCAACAGGAGGUGGAGGCCAUCAAUCAGUCUGCUGAUCAAACAGUGGAGCACAGUGAGAAGAUCUUCACUGAGCUGAUCCAUCUCAUCCAGAAAAGAAGCUCUGAUGUGAAGCAGCAGAUCAGAUCCCAGCAGGAAACUGAAGUGAGUCGAGUCAAAGAGCUUGAGGAGAAGCUGGAGCAGGAGAUCACUGAGCUGAAGAGGAAAGAUGCUGAGCUGAAGCAGCUCUCACACACAGAGGAUCACAUCCAGUUUCUACACAACUACCCCUCACUGUCAGCACUCAGUGAGUCUACAGACUCAUCCAGCAUCAAUAUCCGUCCUCUGAGCUACUUUGAGGAUGUGACAGCAGCUGUGUCAGAGGUCAGAGAUAAACUACAGGACAUUCUGAGAGAGGAAUGGACAAACAUCUCACUGACAGUCACUGAAGUGGAUGUUUUACUGUCAGAUCCACCAGAGCCAAAGACCAGAGCUGGAUUCUUAAAAUAUUCAUGUGAAAUCACACUGGAUCCAAACACAGCAAACACAUGGAUGUUAUUAUCAGAGGGGAACAGAAAAGUAACAUUAAUGAAUAAACAACAGUCUUAUUCUGAUCAUCCAGACAGAUUCACUGAAUGGUUUCAGGUCCUGAGUAGAGAGAGUCUGACUGGACGUUGUUACUGGGAGGUGGAGUGGAGAGGGAGAGGAGUUUAUGUAGCAGUCGCAUACAAGAAUAUCAGCAGAGCAGGGAUUGGGGAUGAAUCUAAAUUUGGACGUAAUGACAAAUCUUGGUCAUUAGAUUGUAACAACAACAGUUAUACAUUUUGGUACAACAACUUCCAAACUCCUGUCUCAGGUCCUCGUUCCUCCAGAGUAGGAGUGUACCUGGAUCACAGAGCAGGAUCUCACUCAAAUCUGAUGCAGAAAAUAUGAAACUAAUCUGAGAGAAUAACUGAAGCAGUUUUCCUCCUGAAGCAUCACAAAGUUCAGAGUUCAUGUUUAGAGCAGAAGAUUCAGCAGUCGCUCUGUGACCUUUCAACUUUCUUCACUAAAACAGCUUCAUUACAGAGAAACAAGUCACAUUUUCUUGAUGUUCUUAAGUCCUUUCAGAUGUUUGUAAUGGUCCUUGAAUGCAGCAUCAGUGUUACAGGUUGUGACUCCUGUGAACAAACUGACACAGUGUGAUAUUACACAUAUUUAAAUCUGUCUUUACUGAUGAUGUUGAAGCUGCUGAAGGCUCAGUGAAGUUUUGUCUUCCUGCAGGGUAACAAGUGAAAUCU